AUGCCUGGAGCGAUGCCCUGCCUUGGCCGUCGCAGCGGGAGCGGCAAAACUGACGUGUUUGCUAGGGCUAGCCGUGACAGGAGAGUCAGGGACGUAGCGACGGAAUUCCGCGUAGACGCUCUCGUACGCCGCGGCCACCUCCUUAUGCCGAUCGUGCAGACUCUGCACAGCCUUGACGAGGUCGUUGUAAGUCACGAUAUCUGGGAUCUGCACUGUUAUGAGUCCUUCACUGUGCAGCUCAGAGAUGGAGCUCUGCUGUGA